CUUGCCGACUGCAGCCACUCCGACCGGUGUCGCCCGCGUCCUCCUUCGCCAUGACUUCUUACAGCUAUCGCCAGUCGUCGGCCACCUCGUCCUUCGGGGGUCUGGGCAGCGGCUCCAUGCGCUUCGGGGCGGGAGGCGCCUUCCGCGCGCCCAGCAUCCACGGGGGCUCGGGUGGCCGCGGCGUGUCGGUGUCCUCCGCCCGCUUCGUGUCCUCGUCCUCCUCCGGGGGCUACGGCGGCGGCUAUGCGGGCGCCCUGGCCGGCUCCGACGGGCUGCUGGCGGGCAACGAGAAGGUCACCAUGCAGAACCUCAACGACCGCCUGGCCUCCUACCUGGAGAAGGUGCGCGCCCUGGAGGAGGCCAACGGCGACUUGGAGGUGAAGAUCCGCGACUGGUACCAGAAGCAGGGGCCCGGGCCCGCCCGCGACUACAGCCACUACUUCAAGACCAUCGGGGACCUGCGGGACCAGAUUCUUGGUGCCACCAUUGAGAAUUCCAAGAUAGUCCUGCAGAUCGACAACGCCCGUUUGGCUGCAGAUGACUUUCGAACCAAGUUCGAGACGGAGCAGGCCCUGCGCAUGAGCGUGGAGGCCGACAUCAACGGCCUGCGCAGGGUGCUGGACGAGCUGACCCUGUCCAGAGCCGACCUGGAGCUGCAGAUCGAGGGUCUGAAGGAGGAGCUGGCCUACCUGAAGAAGAACCACGAGGAGGAAAUCGGUGUCCUGAAGAGCCAGGUGGGUGGUCAGGUCAGCGUGGAGGUGGACUCCGCUCCGGGCAUCGACCUAGCAAAGAUCCUGAGCGACAUGAGAAGCCAAUAUGAGGUCAUGGCUGACAAGAACCGGAAGGAUGCUGAGGCCUGGUUCACCAGCCAGACCGAGGAGCUGAACAGGGAGGUCGCUGGCCACACGGAGCAGCUGCAGAUCAGCAAGACGGAGGUCACCGACCUGCGGCGUACCCUCCAGGGUCUGGAGAUCGAGCUGCAGUCUCAGCUCAGCAUGAAAGCUGCCCUGGAAGGCACGCUGGCCGAAACGGAGGCUCGCUUCGGAGCCCAGCUGGCGCACAUCCAGGCGCUAAUCAGUGGUGUCGAAGCCCAGCUGAGCGAUGUGCGUGCCGACACCGAGCGACAGAACCAGGAGUACCAACACCUCAUGGACAUCAAGUCCCGGCUGGAGCAGGAGAUUGCCACCUACCGAAACCUGCUGGAGGGCCAGGAUGCCUACCACAACAGCGUGUCCACCCCGAAGGUCCUCUGAGUCUGGCAGCCUCCUGGCCUUCCUCCUCUGCUGCAGAGGGAUUCCCCUGGGUAGGGGCAGGGGAGGGGAGGGAUGCUUCUCCCUGGCUCUCCCCCUGACCUUCCAAUAAAACUUUAUGGCCCAAGGGAGGAAG